AUGGGCACCUUUCUAAGCACCAGAAAGUCCUCAAAGACCUCUGUUGACUACCGAAACUCUGGCCGUCCGCCUGGAUGGCCCACUUCAUAUGACAUCAUCAGACCAAGCCGAGCACAACAGCCUCAAACCCAAGCCUUCACGCUUUUCAAGCUUCUCCCAGCUGAGCUGCGCGUUUUUGUCUGGGAAUUUGCAUUCUAUGCUACUCCUGGGCCAUCUGGGCCGAGAGUUCACUUCUUGGAGCCUAUGGCCAAACCGAAUGAUGACGACUUUGUCUCCUGGUGGGACAGAGACGGUCAGUAUUGCCACCGUCACUACGUUCCCGGUUGUCAGCGGGGACAGAGAAUCCAUUGGGAGGUUUCCGGGUCUACCGACGAUCCGGGCUUUUGGUGGUCUAGACGGGAGCUUUUGGCUGUCUGUGUCGAGGCAAGAGAGGUUUUCCUCAAGCUGAACCAGAAGGCCACAUUUGAUCCCGUCCACAGGCCGCACGCUCGCCAGAAAAUCUCGGACAUGAUACGAACCACAGACAUCAUGUGCAUUCGUGCCGGAACUGCGACGUGUGGCUCUUGGAAGAGCCCGAAAACGGAUGAGCUACUGCCCAACGGAGUGCGACAAAUCUGCUAUCCUAAUGAGCGUCCUUCACCGCGCCGACUUGCAUUAGAGCUCCCGACGGCCGCAGAGUACCAACUUGGCCCAACUCCCAGGUCUCUCCUUGUUUUUGUGCCAUACUGGCUAAGUAUGUAUGGUCCCAAGCAUGGUUUCAUGUACUUCGGUCUACUCGAGAUAGUCUACAUUCUCGACCAGGGCAUCAAGCCAAGGGCUCAAUACGAUUGCCAGGAGGACAUGCCCUCUGAGAUGUAUACCGAAGUUUUCGAGGGCAAUCAUGGCAGCAAAUUUGUGGCUAUCGACCCAGAGGACAGACGCGCGGUCCAACACUGGAUUAUUCCUGAAUACUGUCGGGCAGCCUUGGAACUUAGAGGGCCUUUCUCCCUCCUGCCCCUCUUGGUGCCUCCCACAACGUUCGGUCCCAUUUCCGGCCCGUCUAGGUUUGAGUGGCAAUAUAUUCACAGCAACAGAUAUCUGAAGUACAAGUUGAGAUUCCUGGCUUGUGUGAGGGAGUGCUCUCAGACUCAGCAGCUCGGCGACGACCGCCCCUACUCCGGCUUCGCAUUCACCUAG